GGUUGAUGCAUGCAGCUAGUUCUCAGGGACCUCGAACUUUAAACUUAAAGGGUUUUAGACUGUGUGGCGUACCUAACCUAAACUUCAACAUACACACUUACAACUAUCUCUAAUCACAACCUACUGUAUCCAUCAUCGCGUUGAGAGCGUCACUUUCAAAUGAAUCACGAUCGAUAUGGCUAAUGCGUCAACACCUCUCCUCAACGGCCACCGCUAUCCCGAUGCUAAUUUCGACGCGCUAAACGACUCGGAAGAGGAUGCGCUUCGUGGACAAUCUAGGGCUACACAUUCUGGUCGGUCAUGGCAUACUAGGCUACGAGAGGCUCUGUUAUUCGCAUGGGCCCUCCUCGCGACCGCCGGCGUGCUUAUUCUCGCUAUUUGGGUAUCGCAUCAGCAACAAACAUCAUCCGAGAAACCUGCCGGCAAGCGUAAUUUAAUCUUCAUGGUCUCCGACGGUAUGGGUCCUGCUUCGCUGUCCUUGACCCGUAGUUUUAGGCAAUAUACCGAGGGCCUCGAGUACGGUGACACACUCACCCUUGAUAAGCAUUUCUGGGGCAGUAGCCGAACGCGAAGUAGCUCCUCUCUAGUUACAGACUCGGCCGCUGGAGCGACGGCAUUCAGUUGCGGGAUGAAGAGUUAUAACGGCGCUAUUUCGAUGCUACCCGAUUCAACACCCUGCGGAACUGUACUCGAAGCUGCUAAAAAGGCCGGAUAUAAGACUGGACUGGUUGUCACCACAGAUAUAACCGAUGCAACUCCUGCUUGCUUUGCUAGUCAUGUUGAUGUACGUCAACAGAACGACGAUAUUGCCGUUCAAGAAGUCGGAAAUGGGCCCCUUGGUCGUGUGGUGGAUUUGAUGUUUGGAGGCGGACGAUGCCACUUCCUUCCGAACGGAACCGACGGCGCAUGUCGUGCAGACAAUAUUGAUGUAAUAGAAAUGGCAAAGAAAGACUACGGCUGGAACUACAUCAACGACCGGGCAGCAUUCGAUGAAUUCUGGGAGGGUAAGAAGGAAGUCCCCCUUCCGAUGCUGGGACUUUUUGCCCCAACAGAUAUUCCAUUUGAGCUGGACAGACGAAACAUGAACGACAUCUACCCCAGUCUGAGCGAAAUGGCGAAGACAGCCCUGAGAGCUCUCGAGAAGGCUACGGAGGACAGCGACCAAGGGUUUUUCCUAAUGAUCGAGGGUAGUAGGAUCGACCAUGCUGGUCAUGGGAACGAUCCGGCCGCACAAGUGCGAGAGGUCCUUGAAUAUGACAAGACAUUCAAAGCUGUAUUGGACUUUUUAGACGAGAGCAAGACUCCAGGAGUCCUGGUUGGUACUAGUGAUCAUGAGACAGGUGGAUUAUCGGUAGCACGACAGGUAAACGUUGACUAUCCGCAAUACUUGUGGUAUCCCGCUGUAUUGGCCAACGCCUCGUCGUCUUCAGAAUAUCUCGCUCAUCGCCUUCGCGAGCACCUUGCACAUUCCACCGAUCACUCCGUCGACAAGCUCAAGAAGUCUAUUAAUGAGGAAUUUGUUAAGCCCGGCCUUGGUAUUUUUGAUGCCUCCGACGCAGAGCUCACGAUGGUAGCCUUGAGCCCAGAGCAAGCUCAGUAUUCAUUCGCCCAGAUGAUCAGCGUCCGCGCACAGAUCGGAUGGAGCACUCACGGCCACUCGGCUGUCGAUGUUAACAUCUACAGUUCUGGCGGUCCCGGGGCGGAAGCGAUUCGGGGCAACGUAGAGAAUACUGACGUAGGUAAAUUCUUAAGGGAUUAUCUUAACGUCGACGUCGACGCCAUUACGAAAGAAUUGAACAAGAAGAUGGGUUCGAAGCGAAGUUUUGGAAUCAGCCAUGAGAUUGCCACAAAUGGAGUCGGUGAAGACCACUGGGCAGCCCAUGAGGAGAUGGAGGCCCAACGCCGUUGGUGAGUGUGGACCAUAAGAUUUAAGCGUAAAGAAACACUUGGAGUUGGAUUUUGGGGUUAGAAUUUGUCCUUUGAAUACGGAUUUAUCAGAAUACACCAGGGGAAAUAGCAAACGAAGCAUCGAUACCCACUUGCGGAGAAUAUAUAGUCUGCAUUAAGAUUUCAACAAGACUGGUAGACGGCACAAUAUUUAUCAUAAGUUACAGUUGAGCAAACUCCAGGAACUUGCAGGUGACCUGAAGCUCUGUCACAGUGUGUAUAACCACGCAGACGUUUCGUCGUCCCGUGGGAAACAUGUGGGAAACACAUCGGGUAUUAGCAGGACGCCACGCGCGUAUCACCUUACGGCACCGGAUUUCAGACGGGCUUCUAGUAAGUAGCACAGCUAGGUUGCUUGCUUGAGUGUUGAAGUGAGGCUCGUUAGAUCUGGUAGUCUACCUAAUAAUCGUGACCGCAUUAGAUAAAGAACAGGAAUUAAAC